CCGGCUCAAGCAGAAGCUCCGACUCAAUUACUAGAUGUUAUGGCUCCAUCACAAGCUCCGGCUCUAUCACCAACACCAUUAUUCUCUUUUGAUAUCGGUCAUUCUCCCGCUUCAUCACCUGUAAUCGAAAGUGGAAAUGGUGGUAAUAAUAAGAACAAUGAUGAUAACAAUUAUCAUUCUCCUGCUGCAUCACCUGUAAUCGCUCCUGCUGCAUCACCUGUAAUCGAAAGUGGAAAUGGUGGUAAUAAUAAUAACAAUGAUGAUAACAAUUAUCAUUCUCCUGCUGCAUCACCUGUAAUCGCUCCUGCUGCAUCACCUGUAACUGUAAUCGAAAGUGGAAAUGGUGGUAAUAAUAAUAACAAUAAUGAUAACAAUUAUCAUUCUCCUGCUGCAUCACCUGUAAUCACUCCUGCUGCAUCACCUGUAAUCGAAAGUGGAAAUGGUGGUAAUAAUAAUAACAAUGAUCAUUCUCCCGCUGCAUCACCUGUAAUCGAAAGUGGAAAUGGUGGUAAUAAUAAUAACAAUGAUGAUGACAAUGAUCAUUCUCCCGCUUCAUCAUCUGUAAUCGAAAGUGGAAAUGGUGGUAAUAACAAUAACAAUGGUGGUAAUAAUAAUAACAAUGAUGAUAGUGUCACAAGUUUUCCUGCCACAAAUUUUCCUAAUGAGAGGCUAAAACAUGCUUAUGUUGCAUUUCAAGCAUGGAAAGAUGCUAUUCAUUCUGACCCUUUUAACACAACUGGUAAUUGGGUUGGUACUGAUGUUUGUUCUUACACUGGUGUCUUUUGUGCUCCUGCUCUUGAUGAUCCUAAAUUGAAUGUUGUAGCCGGUGUCGAUCUUACUCACGCCGACAUUGCUGGUCACCUUCCAGAAGAGUUAGGCCUAUUGAAAGAUGCUGCUCUUUUCCAUGUUAACUCAAACAGAUUCUGUGGUAUUAUUCCAGAGAGCUUUAAAAAUCUCACCCUUAUGCAUGAGUUUGAUAUCAGUAACAACCAUUUCGUCGGCAAUUUUCCUUCUGUGGUACUCACAUGGCCAGGUUUGAAGUACUUGGAUAUUAGAUUCAAUGACUUUGAAGGAUGUUUACCUCAUGAGCUCUUUGAGAAAGAACUUGACGCAAUAUUUUUAAACAAUAACCGUUUUACAUGUGGUAUACCAGAAACACUUGGAAAAUCAAAAGCCUCUGUUGUGACUUUUGCUAACAACCAAUUCACAGGUUGUAUUCCAAAAUCAAUUGGAAACAUGGCGAACUUGAAUGAAAUUGUUUUAUUGGGAAAUGGUCUUGGUGGUUGUUUUCCACAAGAGCUUGGUAUGUUAGGGAAUAUAGUUGUUUUGGAUGUUAGCCAAAAUGGGUUUGUUGGGACACUACCAAAUUUGUCAGGAUUGAAGAAUGUUGAGGUUAUUGACAUUACACAUAACAAGCUUAGUGGAUAUGUUUCCAACACUAUUUGCCAGCUACCUAUGUUGACUAACUUCACAUUUUCUGAUAAUUACUUCAAUGGAGAAGCUCAAACUUGUGUUCCUUCUAGUAAUCCUAAUGUUGUAUUUGAUGAUGCCAAUAACUGUUUACCUGGAAGGAAAGAUCAAAAGACAUCAAAGGAAUGCUUACCAGUUUUGACCAAACAUGUGGAUUGUAGCCAACACUGUGGUGGAGGAGCUCCUAAGCAAGAGACACCAAAGGUUCAACCACCACUUCCACCAACACUUCCACCAGUUGAGGAUAUUCCACCAACAAGAGCACCAGUUGAGGACAUUCCACCUACGCUUCCGCCAGUUGAGGAUAUUCCACCAACAAGGGCACCAGUUGAGGAUAUUCCACCAACAAGAGCACCGGUCGAGGAUAUUCCACCAACAAAAGCACCAGUGUCAUCACCACCACCACCUGUCCACUCACCUCCUCCACCAGUCCACUCUCCACCACCCCCAGUUCACUCACCUCCUCCACCAGUUCACUCUCCCCCACCACCUGUCCACUCACCUCCUCCACCAGUCUACUCUCCACCACCACCAGUUCACUCUCCUCCCCCACCACCACCGGUGCACUCCCCUCCACCACCAGUACACUCUCCUCCUCCAUCGGUCAACUCUCCACCACCACCAACAUGGGAUGACAUCAUCUUGCCACCACACAUUGGAGCUGAAUAUAGGUCGCCUCCUCCCCCAACAAUUGAAGGAUACUAACAUCAUUGUCUUUGUUUUUGCCAUAGUCCCAAAAAUAUGCACAAAGCUG